CGCGGUGAAGGCAGGUCGUCGGAAGGGGAAGUGAUUCCUUCCGAAUCCGUGCGGAAUCAUCGACGCCCACCGGCUAGCCGUAGCUGUGGGCGCUCCUCUCGCUCGCCUUCGGCUUAAAUUCGGAAUCGGGCCCAUGUCGCUCACUGCGUCGCUCGUCGGCAAAUUCCAAUGCAUCGUCGUCGUCGACUGCUGCGAGACGGGGCGUGGAGUCGGUAGAGGUUCUAAAUCUUCGUCAAGUUCCAAAUGCACGAUGGAGUGUAGACUAGGCGUUCUUCGGAUUCUCUGGUUUAUCUCGAUCGCUUUUGGUGUCGUUAUUCCCCGACGCUGUUUUUCUGUCCUCUGUGUGCUUUUCUCUCUAUCUCUUCGCAGAAAGCACGCGUUGCUCUCUCUCUUUCUUUCUCUCUUUCUCUCUUUAGAAUUCUGUUUCAUCGCUUCGUGACGAUCCGUACCUUUGCUUUCGUCACUCGUGAUGUUUGUAUUGGAACAAUGAGAUUCCUCGACUUCCAGUGAGCGCGAAAGAGCAGGGAAGUCGGGGAGGCUCUUUGUCUCAAUACGUGCACGCCAACCACGUACGACGACUGAUUGUGAUCGGAUUUUGCUUGCUCUUGAGAUCGGGUGGGUCAAUUUCGUUAGGAUCGCUCUAGUCAAAUGAACAUCGGGAUCUGUUGCAUGCUUCGAAUAUGUUUUACAGCUAGUUGCUUGAUCAGUCUCGGCGUUUGGAUAUAAGUAUGUGCAUUGAUUUGAACGGGAGGUUUAAGGUUGUUGUUAGGUCCGUGAAGAUUUGGGUGCGAUCUCUCAAGGCUGGAGCCGAGGCUACGUUCCCAUCGUGCAUUUGGAAUUUAACAGAGUUUAUAAACCUCGUCACGGGAUGUUCAAAGACGAUAAUGCGUUAGGAGUUGGCGCUCGGAUUCAACCUCAAUUCUAGUGGUGACGUUCUUUAGAGAGAAAAGCCGUGAGGUUUAUACUUCUGCUUCUGUCAUUCUCUGCUGCGUACAGAGAUGAUCACUAGCGGACAGUCUUGAAUUCUGCGACUGUCUACAUUUCAUUGUUUUUGUUCGAAUUAAUAAAGUACGUGUCAAUGUUG